AGCGCUGUGCAGCUUCGCCAACGCAGGGUAGGCGCUCUGGUGCUCGCCGAGGACUCUUCCUUCCUCGAGCGCACACCUAUUUCCGAUUCUGCCUUUGGAGCGGCUAGACUGCUAACCUUGUCUGCUCCAUCGGCCUGCCUGCCCCUUACCUGCUGAUUGUCUAUGAACUUUUCUUCAAUCUGCGCAUCGUUGUCGUCGGAGUCGUCGAGAUCGUCGUGGUGCUCGUGUGAUGGCCUUCGUCCGUUUAGAGUAGUGUAGUUAGGGACCAUCAAUGAAGAAAGAAGACGCGAUUGGCGCAGAGAUGCUGGAGGUGGUCAGUUACUAAGCCAGGUUAGAAUAGAAGAGAAAAACGAGCCAAACCUAGCCGGGGGGCGCACGGUCGCCAACAGGAGGUCGACUUGCCGGCGCUUCUCCUCGCGCUGAGCUUCCUCAGUCCCUCUCUCCCUCCGCUGAGGCGCGAGGUUGCGGCGCGCAGCGCAGCUCGGCGCACUGACUGCCACGGGCUCCGCUGGGCGAUUGCAGCCGAGUCCGUUUCUCGUCCGGCUGCCGCCGCGGCGACCGCUGCCUUGUCUUCCUCCCGGACGCUGGUGGGUUAUCACUUAAUGCCCACAAGCACAGGCCAAUGAACACCAUUCUUCAGAAAUAACUAAUAGAGGAUAUGAUAAAUUCAAUCUGCUAAUUUUCUCAUCUCAAUUUUAAACGUUGGUUGCUUAAGACUGAAGUAAUCAUGGUGAACCUAAAGAAUGUGGUGCAUUCGUUCCUUGUGCACCUAAUUGGCCUGUUGGUUUGGCAGUUCGAUAUUUCUGUGAGUCCAGUAGCAGCUAUGGUAACUGACAUUUUCAACACCUCCAAUGGUGGACGCUUUAAAUUCCCAGACGGGGUACAAAAUUGGCCAGCACUUUCAAUUGUCGUUAUAAUCAUCAUGACAAUAGGUGGCAACAUUCUCGUUAUCAUGGCAGUAAGCAUGGAAAAGAAACUGCACAAUGCCACCAAUUACUUCUUAAUGUCCCUAGCCAUUGCUGAUAUGCUAGUGGGACUACUUGUCAUGCCAAUUUCUCUGCUUGCAAUCCUUUAUGAUUAUGUCUGGCCACUACCUAGAUAUUUGUGCCCCGUCUGGAUUUCUUUAGAUGUUUUAUUUUCAACGGCGUCCAUCAUGCACCUCUGUGCCAUAUCGCUGGAUCGGUAUGUAGCAAUACGUAAUCCUAUUGAGCAUAGCCGUUUCAAUUCGCGGACUAAGGCCAUCAUGAAGAUUGCUAUCGUUUGGGCAAUUUCUAUAGGUGUGUCAGUGCCCAUCCCAGUGAUUGGACUGAGGGAUGAAGACAAAGUGUUCGUGAGCAACACCACGUGCGUGCUCAAUGACCCGAAUUUCGUGCUGAUCGGAUCCUUCGUGGCAUUCUUCAUCCCUCUGACGAUCAUGGUGAUCACGUAUUUCCUGACCAUCUAUGUCCUACGCAGACAAGCCUUGAUGUUGCUGCGCGGCCACGCGGUGGAACCACUGGGCCCAAGCCUGAACUUUCUGAAGUGCUGCAAGAGGAACACUGAGGAGGAAGAGAAUUCGGCAAACCCCAACCAAGAUGGGAACCCGCGCCGGAGGAAGAAGAAGGAAAGACGUCCUCGGGGCACCAUGCAGGCUAUCAACAAUGAGAAGAAAGCGUCAAAAGUCCUUGGCAUUGUGUUCUUUGUGUUUCUGGUCAUGUGGUGCCCAUUUUUCAUUACCAAUAUUCUGUCGGUUCUGUGUGGGAAAGCUUGUAAUCAAAAGCUCAUGGAAAAGCUUCUGAAUGUGUUUGUUUGGAUUGGCUAUGUCUGUUCAGGAAUUAAUCCUCUUGUGUACACGCUCUUCAACAAAGUUUACCGCAGGGCUUUCUCCAACUAUUUGCGCUGCAACUAUAAGGCAGACAAAAAGCCGCCUGUCAGACAGCUGCCAAGAGUUGCUGCCACUGCUUUGUCUGGGAGGGAGCUUAAUGUUAACAUUUAUCGGCAUACCAAUGAGCCUGUGAUUAGGAAAGCUGAGGAGAGGGAGCCAGGCAUAGAGAUGCAGGUGGAAAAUCUGGAGCUACCGGUAAACCCUUCCAAUGUGGUUAGUGAAAGGAUUAGCAGUGUGUAAGACAGAGCAGCAUAGCCUUCUUGCAGGGAAGCCACACUGAUUGGAAAAUCUUUAACUUUUCUCUUGGUCAUAACUACUGUAAAUACUGCUGUCAGAAACAGUGUUUUUUAUAUAGCUUUGCAAUCCUGUACUUUAUAAUCAUGCUUAAAAUAGUGAGAUUUAGAGUUCUAUAUUUACUGUUUAUAAUAGAUGGAGACUAUGUUAUUUUGAAUAUUUGAUGGAUAAAGUCUAUAUGCUUUUAUUCCCAUUCUUCCCUCCCCGAUCUUCCUCUCCCUCUCUCUCUCCUCCUCCCUCUCCCUUUCCUGUUCCUCCCACCCUCAGAAUUGUUAAUGUUCAUCUCAGGUGGCAUUUGCAGGAGACCAGAAUGAUGCACAUUACAGUGGUUAUAUUUCAACCACACCUAAAUUGACAGCUUCUGCGGAAUCUUUUUCCAGGUUAACAGUAAAUAUACACUUUAAAUUCUUGCUUUGCUAAUCUACACAUGUAAACACAGUAAGAUAGUGUCUGCCUAGUGAAACAUCCAUCCUUGACUCAAAGGCAGAAUUUCGCUUUGUUGUUACUAUAGGGACAAAAUUUGACAUUGUCAGAAUGUUGUAUUGGUAUUUUGCUGCAAUGUCUGUCCCCAAACAUAGUGGCAUUUUAACAUAGCAGCUGGUUAACCAGGACUACAGAAGUGGAAGGAUAAUUAAGAGACAUCUAUAUAUAUCAACAGCUUUUUACUUCUUAAGGACAGUGUUCAAAUUCUGAUUAUUAUGACAAGUAAACUGGAAUUAGUGUUUUCAUUCUGGUCCUUAGUAAAUACCUAAUUUCUUGACUAGACUGGGAAACAGAUCCCAGAGUUAUUUCCCAAUCCAGGAUUCAAUAUCAAUUGGGUUUUGAUCUAAGAAUUCUGGAAAUUCGUGUGCUACACACAAAGUGAAAUUAACAUUUUGAGCCUUAUUAAAAUAUUUUCUUAAUUAUGGUACCUCUGUCUAUAGGACUCAAUUUAGCAGUCCAUUUUUGAGUAAAACUUAUGUAGGACAUGUAGAUGACAAAAACUUUGAAAGUUUUACUUGAUUAAGGACUACUGAAUUAGGCCCUUAGAAUGUGGAAAAAAAAGAAAUUUACAAAUCACUUUUAUUGAACUCUGGGAAUAAAAGAAAUACAGAGUUUCCAUUUGGAUUUUAAACAAAAUUUAUCACAUUUUCAGAUCCUUCCAAACUCUCUAGUGCAGGAAAAGGCUGCAGCUAAUUUGUAAAAAGUGGCAAGCUCUUCAUUGUACUACAAUUACACAUCAGAAACUUAAAUCUUGUUAAAUAUAGUGUUGUGUUAAAAUAAGUAUUGGCCAUUGUGUCAUUCGCUGGCCUGCUGCUCUCCAAGAAUUCAGUAUCAUUUUAAUGGUUUGUAAACCAUAAAAGGUUUUCAAGCAUUGCUAAAGUAAGAACAUUAAGUCUAUGCUGUGUGCAGAGAAUACAUGUGUUUCCAGUGUUCCAUAUGUGUUUAUUUCACACAACUGUGGAUAAAAUUUCUGAAGAAUUCAUGAUGCUAUUUCUUAUGCCUGACAAUUACUUACAUACUUCGUAAUGUGCUUCUUAACAUUUUAAAUUUGGUGACUGCACAAUCAAAAUUUCCAAAACCUUGGUCUAUGUCUCGGCGUACAGCAUAGAUAAAUUCAAAGUCUGCCACAUGGGCAGUGGGAGAGCUGCUGUAUUUGAGGAAACUCAUACAGUCUCUAUGUGAUUUAUAACACUGCCAAAUAGCCAGCCAAUUGCUUGAGCAUGCCCAAAUAUAACAGGAAAGUAAAGUCUACCUGCCUAUUAGGUCAGCUGAGCUGCAUGUUAAAACAAUUAUCUGAAACUGAAUGAGGUGCUCUAAUUCUUAAUGAAAUGAAAAUGUCUGAAGAAACACAGCAUGCAAUUAGCAUGAGUUCUGCACAUACAAAUGGUGUUCUGCAUGUACACCAUGUAUGUUGCAUGAAUCCAUUGAUUUGUGUGAAUGUGGGGCAGUGCAGCUGAUAUAAAAAGGACUGAAGAAAAUUCCUUAGCAGUCCUGAAAAAGACCACGCAUUCAGACCUGAAACAUUGUGAGUAUUAGAGAAAAUUGGAAACAUCUGAUUUCUUAACGAUCAGGGCAAGCUCAUAGCACAUGUUUUACAGAAAAGUGAAGCGUCAAUCAUGGAUUUCCAAAAGCACUAGCAAUAAGAUGAAUGGUAAUAGCUUAUAGCACAUUUGUUUAUAAUUCUUAUGUCAUCAAGUAGUAGUACUAAUAGUACCCAACACAGUAAUUAUUCUCAAAUUGUGUGCUAUUCGUAAGUUCUGUGCAGUUUGGUAUGAAAUAAAUAUACUCAUUUGGAUAUAAAACUAACAGUUCAGUGUUAAAUCACAAACUUUUAUAAACAUUUUAAAAAGUCCAUGUGAUAAAUGUAAACGUGGUGAGUUUAUUGUCAAACAAAUCAUUUUGAUGUACUAUUCUAUAUGUGUAUCUGUUUAAGACAAGUGCAACAGACUGCCUUAUAUUAUUUCCUGUAAUUCUUCUCCUUUAUCAAAUGGUACUUUUUGUGAGUGGUUGCAAAGUGUUGUCUUAUUCUUGAUUCUUGUAUGUUAUCCACUGCAGGUUUUGUGAUACUUCAUAUUAAUUUAUUACAUUUAUUAAAUGUUGGCUAAUAUGUCA